AUGACUUCCGUGGAUCCGGAGAAUAUUGAAAAGAGACUUGAAGAAAUUAAUGAAACUCUCUCAUCAAUCAGUGCGAAAGAAGUUCUCUUCAUCAUUACUCUUAGUUUUUUGGCCGUUUUUGCAGCCAUCAACAUGUGUCUUUUGAUUUUAGAGAGAAGAAAAAAGAAGAAGCAGAACUUCACUCCACAGGCAAUUGUUAUUCAACCGAAUAACAACACGAAACAAGAUAACAAGUCAAGUAGAAACGACAAAUCGAAGAUGGCUUCUGGAUAUGAGAAGGACGUUUUGCCAUCCAAAUCAAUGAAAAUGAAAGUUUCGAUUUCUCCAAGUAUGUCUGUAUCCAAAAAAGUACGUGCUCCAUCAAAGGAAUCAACAACUGAGGAUAGUCAAGCAUCGAAAACCGAGACUUCGCAAACUGAGAAAACUAUAAAAAAACCAGUUCCACUACCAGCUCCAUCAUCCGCUACAGUACUUCCACCACCACCUCAACAUGGAGCUCUUGAAAAUGCGGCAUCUGCUGAUGUGACAACUGCUGUUGAACCAGUUUCUUCUCUUCCUGCCGUGAAUAUUAACUCGAACUCUUCUCAAUCCUCAAACUCGGUUUCUUCUGUUCCAAGUGUUGUUCCAGCUGUAGGAACAUUCAAUGCUCCAAAAGCUGAGAAUUCUCAAUCAAAUGAAUCAUCGAUGACUUCUUUCACUGCACCAGAAGAAGCUAAUUCCAAUCGUACUAGAACUCAAAUGACUGUUCCGAAAGAAGUGAAUGCAUCUACUCCAUCUGCAACCACUCUUUCUGGUAACACUUCGAUUGGAACUGGUCCCCCAGAAACAACGAAAUCAGCUGAUUUGGCAACUGCGAAGGAUGUUACUCUGGCUAAAUCUCCGAUGGCACCAGUCCGUACUCCAGAUGUUCUUGCAUCUCCAGCUCCAGCAAACAUCCCAAUAGUUCCAUUGAAUACUUCAACUCCCCCGCCGAACACUGAGAAGAAGGUGAAUACUGUGUUCCCGUCUGGAUGUGCACCGAAUCUGAGUCGAUUGCCACGUGACACCGACCGUACUCAGAUCGGUGGUGGUCCUUCUGGGUACGGUCCACCACCACCAGAGAAGGAUUAUUACAGUAGGACUACAGUACCACGAAUGACGUCAUCGGGACAUACAGAUGAUAGACUUAAAAAUAGAUACGAAGCAUGUCGGAGUGGAAUGCAUGAAUUAGAUGUUCUUCGAGCAAAACAUACUCUUUUAAUUCAGAACCUUCGCUCAAGACUACCAGUUAUUCCGGGAAGUUUAGAUGAUGUACAGGCAAGAGAAAAGAAAUCAAGAGAUGGUUUUCUUGAUCGAUUCUCUUUACAAUCAGUUGAUUCUGGAAUAUCGUCUCAAAAUACAAUAAGCUCAACUCGUAGUUCUACACCAGAAGACUUCAAAACAUCAAAUCGGCAUUCGAAUAUUUAUGAGAAUAGUUCUACAACAAUGAAUUACUCAACUUUUCGUAAAAUGUCCCUUGAAUCCACACAUUGUAAUGUUCCUCAUAACAACAACAAUGAUAAUGAAUAUAUGGAGAAGACAUCCUUUGCACCGCCUGUAAUUACAUCCAGAAGCUGUCAUCGAGGAGCAUGGAAAACGUCACCACAGAGGGUUCGACCCAAAAGUAUGUUCGAUUCAACGACAUCAGCUACCGAAUACUUAUUUUCGAAGCCGCCGAGAUAUCCGAUUGAUUUGACCAAAGAGCGUCGAUCAGCGUUCACCGUAAUAAAUCAAUCAUCGAAGCGACAUUCAAGUAUUGAACCAACUAAUUUACCGAGUAGUUUGAGCCAAUUGAGCCUCAACGACGAAUCAAAAACACCACAAAAAGCAGAAGUUAUUCGAUGGAACAAGCAGAAAGCAGAUGCAAUGUUUCGAGCCAACGUAGUCUACGUAUCCACUCCAGAACAGCCAUCUAAACCACCACUUCGUUUCUCUCCAGCCCGUUCUCCACCAGUUCGACGGGCUCUUCAAAUGGAAUUGAAACCAAAUCAACACUAUGCACAGCCAUGCAAGAUACGGUCUCCCAGAUUGAACUCAAAGAAUGUUUUCGCUGCGAAACCGAUUGCCGUGAGACCAAAUGUCUCACCAAAAGUUGCUCAAAGAUCAACGUGGCUUCAAUCGCAACCUCUGUGA